AAAAGCAAUGAGUUAGGAUGAGUUUUUUAAUGGAUACAUAUCUAAGAAUCAUCGGAUUAGCGAGGGAUAUGCAUAUGCUAUACAAGCAAGCUGGUAUUAUCGCGUGUGAAUAAUAGGUAUAGAUAAUUUGAGAGAUUCCUACAAAACCCGUCGGGUGUGGAUGUUACGAGAUUUAAUAAAAUCGAAAAUGGUCAAAUAGCAGAGGGGACUAUCGAUAUGUCAGUCUCAUUAAAAUAAUAUUGUCUUCCUCCCUAUUAGCAAAUAAAUUAUUCGCAUGUUUAUGGAUUGAAACCUGAAGCUAAAUUCUAAACUGAUUUCUACGUAGUUUCAAUAGACGUGUGGCACUUCUUUAAACUCUAUUAUGGUUCAGGUAUUUUUACUGAUUGACAUCGUUUUAGAUUAUGAAGUAAUUGUUUUUGUUACACAGCAUCAUCCUCAAAUGAACAACUAUUUUCAUUGCGAUAACCUAGAGGACGGAUUGUGUGUUUGCAGAGAAAUCAUAAACAUCCUCUUUGUAAUUGUAUUCCCAAGAAACAUUUCUGUAUUACAAGCCAUCUUAACACCAAUAAGUCCUUGGAUGGAUUUGAUCAAAUUUCGUGUUUUUCUAUUUGCCAUGUACAAUUUUGGAACCGAUGCCAUCAAAUUUAUAAAUGAAGGCUGCAUUUAUUUUAACAACAAAAAAGUGCCCUUCAAAGGAAAUCGAAUACUCCAGGAUAUUGGCAUAAACAAGGAUAUCUAAAUUGUUAUGUCAUGUCAAAACUUAUUAAUGUAAGACAUAGAGGAGGAGAUUGAAACUGAUGGUGAAGAACAAUAAUUGGAAUAAAGUAAUUAUUAUCUCUCUAUUAUUUUGAGAUUUACAUAACAAACAAGAAUUCUUAGAAAUAUUAGAAAAAACUCUAAAUGAACAGUCCAUCAUUUAAUAGAAUAUAAAAUCAAUUGAAGAAAUUCAAUAAUCUUUAGAGCAAAAUGACUUCUUUUAAGUUUGA